GAGAUACAAGUAGGGGAUCAAAGAGACAUCCAACCCUUGAGAUGGAGAAUUAUCAGAAGAAGAACAUCAGUCCGCUGACCAGCCUGGACGGCCGCUGGUCACUGAAUGGAGCCACAGCUUUGGUCACUGGAGGUACCAAAGGAAUUGGGCAUGCCAUAGUGGAAGAACUAGCAAAAUUUGGAGCCUCUGUUUAUACAUGUUCUCGAAAUGAAGCCGAGCUUGCAGAAUGCCUUAAACAAUGGGAAGACAAGAAAUUCAAGGUCACUGGAUCAGUUUGUGAUGUUUCUUCCAGGACUGAACGGGAAAAACUAAUGGAGAAUGUGUCUACUGUUUUCCAAGGAAAGCUUCAUAUACUUAUAAACAAUGUAGGGGUUGGUGUAAUGAAACCCACAGUGGAAUGUACUGCUGAAGAUUAUUCAUUCAUGAUGACUACCAAUUUUGAAUCUGCACUCCAUUUAAGCCAAUUAGCUCAUCCUCUGUUGAAAGCUUCAGCAUCAGGAAGCAUAGUGUUCAUUUCCACCAUUGGUACUCUACUGGUUUAUGAAGGAUUCGCUCUUUAUGCAGCAAGUAAAGGAGCUGUGAAUCAACUGACCAAGCAUCUAGCAUGCGAGUGGGCGAAAGACAAUAUCAGAGUCAACGGCGUUGCACCUUCAGUCAUUAAAACGCCUCUAAUCGAAAACCUUGGUCUUGAAAAUGCAUUCGCGGUGAAUGAACCACCUCGGACUCCUCUUGGACGUCUAGGCAAACCAGAGGAAGUGGCAUCUGUUGUUGUCUUUCUUUGCCUUCCUGCAGCCUCAUAUGUUACUGGCCAAAUGAUCAACGUUGAUGGAGGACGAACACAGCCUUGUUAGAACAUUGGACAGCAACUUUGAUAUUGAAGAGCAGAGAUCUUUCUAUAUUCAGAACGUGAAGGAAACAACAACCUACUAUUUUUAUUAUCCGCUAUAUAAGGGAUAUUCUUCUUCUUGUUUCUAAAAGAAAGUGGAAUCCCAUGUUCUCUCUGUCAUUCUAAUUUGAGAUUAUAUGGAAUGUCAUCAACUCUGUGUCAUUACUCCGCAA